AAAAAGAUGAGGAUCAGCAACGUUAAAAAGGAUCCCAUGAAUCGAAAGGGCAUCCAUCCAUUUCAAAUUUAAAACGGGGGCAGCUUUCGGGAUCUCCAAUGCACAAACAGCGAAGUUGUGUGAAAUGCAAAAAGUGUCCCAAAACUUCCCAAUCGUUCGUGUUUUCACCCGCCUUCUCCUACCACAGCUACCUCAGAUAACAUUCCCACGAUGGAUAUGGAGUUAGCUCUUCCAAACCCUAAUUACAUGGUCCCACCUCCCCCACCAGCAGCAGAUCUUCCUCCCCCACCUCCGCCAUCCAAUAAUGGAUUCAUCUUCCCCUUCCCCAAAAGACCGACCCUUAGAGUGACCACUGAGUUCGACAGUGAAAGCACUGUCUUCUUCAACAAGAUCUCCUGCAAGUUCUUCGAUAGCCUUGCCAAGUUGAAGUUUUCCUUCAACAACGGCAGCAAAGGUGAUGUCUCCGAACCCCAGCUCAGUUUCGUUUCUAAGCACUUGAGUAUCCAUUAUGACCUUGAAGACCAGAAUGCUCUCGUCAAGAGUUCCUUUGACAUUGGUCCCAAAUUGCACCUCACUGCUGCUCAUGAUGUCAAGGCUCAACAAGGAGAGGUUACAAUGGUUGCAGAUUUGGCUGAUCCUGGCUAUGCACUCGAAUUGUCAACUGCUGUUCCGACUGUUGGAUUGCCAAAAGCAACCUUUAGAUGUCCUAUUGGUGAAGUUUCACUUCAGGAGGAAGAAGACGAGGAAUUCAAGAGAUUGCUGUCUGUGAGUGGAAUUGUUAAAGGACAAUUUUUCAAUGGAAUCGGCACUGCCCAAUACAGGGAUGAUGAAAUGAAAUUAAGAUACUCCUUGAAGGAUAAACAAAUGUCAUUUAUUCCAAGCUUGUCUCUGCCUUCAAAUGCUCUGUCAUUUGCUUUUAAGCGCCGGUUUGGUCCUUCAAACAAGUUAAGUUACUGGUACAAUUUUGAUUCGAACUUUUGGAGUGCGGUCUACAAGCGCACUUAUGGCAAAGACUUCAAAUUUAAGGCUGGUUAUGAUUCAGAGGUUCGCCUUGGCUGGGCUUCUCUUUGGGUUGGGGAUGAAGGUGGAAAGGCUAAAACGGCUCCUAUGAAGAUGAAAGUUCAGUUCAUGCUUCAAGUGCCUCAAGAUGACAUAAAAUCUUCAGCUUUAAUGUUUCGGGUGAAAAAGAGAUGGGACAUCUGAGUUCACUGGUAAAAUUUCCAGCUUUUUGUACAGGCCUCUCAAAUCAGUACGUUUAUUGCAGUUGCCCAGUGUCAUAAGAUGUUAGAUACAAAAGAGCAACGUCGAUUUACAAAAGAGUGACAUUGAUUUGUUGAUAACUCUACUCCAAUCAGCUAAUUCAUCAGAUAAAUUUUACUGCGUAAAAGAUGCACUUUGUUGUUGGAUUAUA